CCGGCCCUGGGCGAGCCCACGCCCCGAGCCCCGAGCCCCAAGCCUGAGCGAGCCUCCUCGUCUAUUUGUGGGCGCUCGUCCCGGCAGCCAUUUACCUCCUUUUCCCGGCCGCCCGGCGUGGGCCACCUUACUUCGCUCGAGCCUCCUCGCUUGACUCGCGCUGUAGGGAGGCAGCGACGAUGAGGAAGAAGGGGAGAGGAGAGAAGACGGAAUCGACCAAGAGUAGGAUCCCAAGGACGAGAGAAGCAACGGGGGCAGUGAGGAGUAGGGAGCACACGCCGACCCUCCUGCCAGGUCAACGUGGUCGCGAGUGGCUGGCUGCCCUGUUCAAUUUCUCAUUUUGGCCGCUCGCUCAGUACGAGGGCGCAUGCUACUUACUACCCCAUGUGACUGUCGGAUGGCCCUUCAUCAUGGCCGACGAUCUCAAGAAGGCGGUCGUAUUUGCUAUCAGUGUUGACGCCGCCAAGACUCGCGACAAGGAAGUAGAAUCCGAUCAUCGUGGUUGGUGUGGCAUAGGCAGGGUCCGCUGCGCCUUGAUCUCGCGGCGAAGACGCCCUGUUUCAUUGGUCUCAGAGGGGCGUCGUCGCCUGGAUCUGUCGCGUCUGAGGCGGGCGGCGAGCCAGUGGAGCGCGGCUUGAUGCAACGGAAGGGGAGACGAGACUGCGACGAGCAGACGAGGGGAGAGGCGAGGGGUUUCCUUCACUCACCAUUCUCAUCCUCAUUUGAUUCUCUCUGUAUUGCUCGUGGCCGCAAAGGCAAAGCGGGCACUACACAACGUGCCCCAUCGUCGCAAGAUCAGCG